GAAGAGAGGGGGAGGGGGAGGAGGGGGGGCGUGGUUGUGAACUCUUUCGGAUCUAUCCACUGACAUUUCUAGUACCAAUUGAACGACUUCAGAGGGAACCAGACUUCUGCAGGUCUUGCUAAAGCUUUCGAGAUUCGUCUGUCAAGUGUGACAACUGGGUUUCCACAAAGAAGAUGAUGAGACAGCUUUUCAAGAACGCAACAGUACAAUCUGCCACAUUCAGGUUUCUUCAAUUGAACUCUCAAAGACAGAUGCAUAGCAGAAACAAGAAAGCAAUGGAGUUCAUAGCCAAAGGAUGGAGUAAUUUAAAGGAAGUUGACAGAGUCAUUGAUUAUUGUGAACUAAACGAUAAACGUCUCAUUCCUCGUCUUAGAGCAGCAAAGGAGAAUUUUGAGUUAGCUUUGGAAGCUGAUAAUUCUAAUACCCAUGCCAGGUAUUGGUUGUCCCAGUUACAUCUGAAGUACCAUGUUCCUGGGGCUAGUAAAGCUAUAGGAGCUGCUUUAUUAGUAGAAGCUGCAGACAUGGGUGAUCCUGAUGCACAGUAUGAAUUGGGUUGUCAACUAAGAGUUGAGAAUGACUAUGUCCAAUCAGAUCAACAAGCUUUCUACUAUUUGGAGAAGGCUGUUGACCAGUUGCAUCCAGGUGGUCUCUACCUUCUUGGUGCUGUAUAUUUGACAGGGGACUGUGUGAAGAAAGAUAUGGCUUCAGCAUUGUGGUGUUUCCACAGGGCAUCUGAGAGGGGACAUGCAGGCGCAGCAAUCGCUUAUGGAUCUCUCUUACUAAGAGGUGCACAAGUCCCAGAAUCUCUAAUGAAACUCAAUCCAAAGAAGGGCUCAUCUACUAGAAGGGUAAAGAAGGAUGCAGAAAGUCCCGUGAUGGAUCAAGUAGAGAUGGCCAAAGAACAGUUCCAGAUUGCAGCAAGAGCUGGGUGUGACCUUGGAUUAAAAUGGCUAAAAAGAGUAGAGGAGGAAGAGGAACGUCUGCUUACCGAAAAUAGCUCCAGCCAUACAGUCUCAGAGGGAUAAUUCAGGUUCUUUAUCAUAUAGGAUUAGCUUGAAAUGAAGAGGAUGACAAUUUCUACUGUAAUUUUUUUGUACGCACUUCUGUACAAAUAUGCACAGAUUUCUACUGUAAUUUUCUUCAUUUACCUAUUAACUUUGUUGGUUGUUCAGUUGAUUCAUUGACUGAUUGUUUCAAGGAACAAUAAUGAAGUUGGAAAAAA